AUGGCGAAAAAAUUGCUUAAUCCUGGUUUCCUUUCGGGUAAGCAACCUAAAUCCUUUAAGGAUGCUCUUUCUGGUUCCGUCGAUUCGAAUGUUUUUCCGGAAUUUCGCAUUUCUUCGAAUCGGGGAAUGCCGUCUCUGUGGUUUUCGGAAGAGGAAUUUUUGCAUCUAGCUAAGCCCUUUGAAUUUGCGUUGGUUGGGAGAUUUCCCCUUAAACGCCCUUCUUUAGAUACAAUCCGUAGGUUUUUCGUGAUUUUAAAGUUAUCUGGGGAAUUUUCGGUGACUUUGUUGGAUCAAGCUAAUGUUUUAAUCAAGCUUGCCAAUGAUAUGGAUUAUGCUAGGGUUUUUGCUCACAGGCCUUACUUGGUUUAUGGCUGUUUUAUGAAAGUGAUAAAGUGGUCUCCGGUUCUAGAUUUGUCGGAAGAAUCUCCGAUUGUCCCUGUUUGGCUUUCUUUUCCGGGAUUACGUCCCCAUCUUUUCUCCUCCCGUAUUCUUUUUGGGUUGGGUUCGGUCUUUGGAAGGCCGAUUCAUACUGAUUCUGCUACGGGUACUGGUUCCCGUCCAUCAGUUGCGCGUGUGCUUGUUGAAAUAGAUGUAUCCAAAUCCUUUUCUGAUACUGUUUGGUUGGGUCCGGAGAAGUUUGGGUAUGCCCAGAAAGUCAUUUUUGAGGGCAUGCCUAAUUUUUGUUCUUUCUGCAAAGCUUUAGGUCAUAAAAAAUUAGAAUGUCCAAAAAUUUCGUCCAAAACUACCCCGGUUGGUUUCUCUGCCCCCGUGGAUAUUCCUCCAAUCCCUGUUUCUAAUGAAGACCCGAUUACUGCUCCUGUUUUUGAUAAUUCUGCGAAUUUAUGUAAUGUUGUAAUCGAGCGAAAUGCUUUAGAAUGUGAAAAUCUUGUUAAUUGCCAGUCUGCUGAUGUGGAGGGUGUGGUUUUGCCUGAUGUUGAUUGUCGGGUUGUUUCUCCUGAUGCGGGUGUGCUGUCUGAUUUGGUUGUGGGCGGUGUUUCUACUAUUGCUGAUGUUUCAAAUUGUGCUGGUGUGGAUCUUAAUAAUGCUAAUGUUUUACACCCUUCUUCUGUCGAUGCUGUGCGGGAAGGAGUUGUUUGUACUGCGAAUGUUAGUGGUGUUGGUGAAAGGCUGGAGAAGGAUUUUGACAAAGCUUCAAUUGCAUUUGUUAGUCAUUUAUUCUCUCCCAUUAAUGGAGUCCUCAACAUCAAAGAUCUACUACAACCAUCAUUAACAAAUUCUUGGCGUUUUCACAUUCCUGAUGGUCUCCAUCGUCAUUCGCUUCAAAGCAUCAUUUCCACCUACAAUCCCCAAGAUCUGAAGUCGAAUGCUGGCAUUCUCGAUCUGCAAGGAAAUCAGAAGCCUCCAGCCAAUUGUGCUGCUCAUCAACCAGCUUUCGAGAUUGCUAUGGCUUCACCAGGCUGCAGCCAGAGGUUCCAUUUAUCAGUUCUCAGCCUCUUCUUCACCUGCUUUCUUGCAUUCCUUUCAUCAUUUCCAUUCACCACCGAAGCAGCCCUGAAGAGAUACCAGUUCGAUAUUGUGGUGAAGAAUGUGAGCAGACUGUGCCAUGCAAAACCCAUCGUGACCGUGAAUGGAAGAUACCCAGGGCCAACAAUCUACGCUCGAGAAGGUGACCACGUGGUCAUCAAUGUCACCAACCAUGCGCAAUACAACAUGUCCAUCCAUUGGCAUGGGCUUAAGCAGUUCAGGAAUGGAUGGGCCGAUGGGCCAGCAUAUAUCACACAGUGUCCAAUUCAGAGUGGCAAUUCGUACACGUACGACUUUAAUAUCACAGGACAACGUGGCACAUUAUGGUGGCACGCUCACAUUUUAUGGCUAAGGGCGACUGUCUAUGGCGCCCUGGUCAUCUUGCCCAGCAAAGGUGCUUCAUUUCCCUUCCCACAGCCAGCCCAAGAAGCUGAAUUAAUUCUAGGAGAGUGGUGGAACUCUGACGUAGAAGAGAUCGUCAAGCAGGGCAACAAACUCGGCCUGCCUCCCCGCAUGUCCGACGCACACACCAUCAACGGCAAGCCUGGCCCUCUAUUCCCCUGCUCCGAGAAAUACACCUACGCCAUCGAGGUACAAUGGGGAAAGACCUACUUACUCCGCAUCAUCAACGCCGCGCUCAACGACGAGCUCUUUUUCGCAAUUGCCGGCCAUGACAUGACCGUCGUCGAAAUAGACGCCACCUACAUCAAGCCAUUCACCACAGGCUCCCUCCUCAUCGCUCCCGGCCAAACCACCAACGUCCUCGUACGCGCAGACCGCUCCCCCGGCCGGUAUUUCAUGGCCACCCAACCCUUCAACGACGCCCCAAUCCCCGUCGACAACAAAACGGCUACCGCCAUUCUACAAUACAAAGGCAUUCCAACCACCAUCACGCCGCUCCUCCCUUUCCUCCCCGCCCCCAACGACUCCGCCUUUGCUGACGCGUACAACGCAAAGCUGCGCAGCUUGAACUCAGGAAACGUGCCGCUGGAAGUUGAUCGCCACCUGUUUUACACCAUCGGGCUCGGCAGUAACCCCUGCCAAAGCUGCUUGAACGGGACGCGGCUCGCGGCUUCGCUGAAUAAUAUCAGUUUUAUAAUGCCGAAGGUGGGGUUGCUUCAGGCGCAUUACUUCAAUUUGAGUGGGGUUUUCCGGCUCGAUUUUCCGGAUAGGCCACCAACGGCGUUUAAUUACACCGGAGCGCCGCUGACUGCGAACCUUGGGACGUUGCUGGGCACGAGACUGAGCAGGUUGGCGUUUAACUCCACCGUGGAGCUGGUGCUUCAGGACACCAACCUUCUGACUGUCGAGUCCCAUCCUUUUCACCUUCAUGGCUACAAUUUCUUCGUGGUGGGCAGGGGAAUUGGGAAUUUUGAUCCUGCGAACGAUCCGGCGAAGUUUAACUUGGUGGAUCCGCCGGAGAGGAAUACCGUUGGAGUGCCGACGGGCGGGUGGACGGCCAUUAGGUUCAGAGCAGAUAAUCCAGGGGUGUGGUUCAUGCAUUGCCAUCUGGAGCUUCACACAAUGUGGGGUCUGAAGAUGGCUUUUGUGGUGGAGAACGGUAACGGCCCGGAAGAAUCUAUAUUACCACCACCUAAGGAUUUACCGCCAUGCUAAUCUUCUUCAGCAAAGUUGAGCGCUUCAGUUUUUUUUUUUUUUUUCCACUAAUUGUUUUGUACAGCUGAGAUUUGUUUGAGGCUUUGAAAGGAGAAGCUUCUGUGUGAAUAAGC